CAACACUGUCAGGAAGCAGUAACGCUCCACUUGUACACUUUGUCUCAAAAUCUCAUCAUCACUGCAUCAAUUGCUAAAAGCUGCAGUGAAUCGUUGAGGAACAAUCUCUUCAUGCUCCUUAUGUGUCUCUCACAAACACUUUAGCACGGCAGCAUGAGCCGCCGGUCCGUUGGUCACGAGAGCCCCACGAGAUAUCCCCACAAGAGGCAAGAACAACGAGUUGGACCACCUGGUUCCGAGUCUGGGGACAAUGGUGCAGGGUCAUCGCCGAAUAAAACAGUCCGCAACAAACAGCAUCUGGAGGGGGUCCUGAAGAAGUACACUAAUCUAUUGCAGGGAUGGCAGAACAGGUAUUUUGUUCUUGACCCCAUGGUUGGCCAGCUUGACUACUAUCGAAAUGAACACAGCAAAAGCCAGCGCCCCCCCAGAGGGUCAUUGUCUCUACUUGGAGCAUUGGUUGUCUCCUGUAGUGACUUUCCUUAUAUGUUUGCCAUUCAGUCCUCGAUUGGUGAAUCCUAUAAACUUAGAGCAUCAAAUGCAGAGGAACAGGAGUUAUGGAUGACACAGCUACAGCUGUGUUCUCGAGUCCAGUGUGACAGGGGGGCUAAGGGGAUGACUGAGGCACAAGAGGAACAGAAGAUCCUGGUCAACUCCAAUGAAUCUCUGCCCCCAAGAGCUGGACCACUCUCCUCUCUGAAUGAUGAUUCACUCCUUUUCAAAGCUACUUCUGCAGCCACUUUGAGCUGCUUGGGAGAGUGCUUCACUUUACUACACCACAAUGUUCAGACACACAACCAAAACCAGAACCAUCAUUCAAUGAGUUUGAGUGAGACCGUCUCUGCACAAAGAUUCAAGUCCUGGAAUCAGCGUCGCAGCUUUAGCGUGAACCAGGUGGAACCCAGCAGCUUCAAAUUGAGCAACCAAAGCCCAAUUCACUCUGUUAGUGAGAACCAAAGUCCCAAACACUGCAACUACACUAGGGGACAAGAGAAGGACCACAACUACAUCCAAGGUCAUGCAGACAGUUCGACUGGAUGGAACAGAUCUCCUCAGAAGCAGAUGACAAAUGAUGUAUCAAAACCGGUACUGUUCAGUAACCACUCCCACCAUAUUGAGCAGGGACAGCAGCAGACCAGCAUUCCAGACAGCGUGGAUCCCAGUGACGAGACCACAGACACAGAAGAAAAUGAUGAGGAGGACCUGGGAGUUCCUGAUGAGCAACGAAGCAUCAUCCUCCAUCUACUUUCCCAGCUCAAACUUGGAAUGGACCUCACUAAGGUAGUGCUCCCUACAUUCAUUCUAGAGAAGCGCUCUCUACUAGAGAUGUAUGCCAAUUUCAUGGCUCACCCUGACAUGUUCCUCUCCAUCACUACUGGAUCUACUUCAGAGGAGCGCAUCAUCCGCUUCGUUGAGUACUAUCUUACUGCCUUCCAUGAGGGCCGAAAGGGCGCUGUGGCCAAAAAGCCCUACAACCCCAUCCUGGGUGAGAGCUUCCACUGUUCUUGGUGUGUGCCUCGGGACCAUGUUCGGUCCCUCACAGCUGCCAGCUGUAUGGGUCUCAAAUCAGCCGCCACCUUCACAUCUACGACUUCAAACAGCUCGCAGAGGGGGAAAGAUAGUUGCAGUGGCUUAAAAUCUGGUUACCAGGUUCGUUUUGUGGCAGAGCAGGUGUCUCACCACCCGCCUGUAUCAGGCUUUUACUACGAGUGCAAGGAGAAGAAGAUGUGUGUUAAUACUCAUGUCUGGACCAAGAGCAAGUUCUUGGGCAUGUCUGUUGGCGUUUCAAUGGUUGGAGAAGGUGUACUGCAUCUGUCAGAGCAUGAUGAAGAUUAUGUGUUCACGUUGCCUUGUGCCUAUGCCCGCUCAAUUAUGGGUGUCCCUUGGGUGGAGCUGGGGGGAAAGGUUACAAUCAGUUGUGCCAAAACUGGGUACUCAGCUACAGUCACGUUCCACACCAAACCUUUCUAUGGAGGGAAAGUACAUAGAGUAACAGCGGAGGUUAAGCACAACCAGACAGGAAACAUAGUGUGCAAAGUCCAAGGAGAGUGGAAUGGGGUGCUAGAGUUUACCUACAGUAAUGGAGAAAGCAAGGUGAUUGAUACCACCAAGCUGCCUGUCAUCAAAAAGAAGAUCAGGCCUAUAGAGAAGCAGGAACAACAUGAGUCAAGGCACCUUUGGCAGCAUGUAACAGCAUCUUUGAGGGCAGGAAUGGAUGACGCCGCAGAACACAAACACCGCCUUGAAGAGAGGCAACGCAGCGAAGGCAAACAGAGAGCUGCAACCAAAACUCACUGGAAACCCAAAUAUUUUAUCAAAGAGGGUGACGGUUGGGUGUACCACAACCCACUGUGGAAAGUUCAUUGAUCAGAAGCCAUGGAAGCAGAUCUCCAUCCCAGGAAACAAGUGGAAUGAUCAAAGCAGAGGGUAUGCCAUUAAAUAGCGAAGAGAGAAAGAGGACACCAAAGGCUUUCAGAAAAACUUAGGAUCAUCUAAUUGAGUCUUUCACACUGUUGAGAUUACUGUAAGUACCAGUGUAAAUCAGUGAAAUGAGACCCAGUGUGAGACCUUCAAUAUUUAUUGUUCAAAAUAACACAGUUGCAUCACUAUACAAUAUACUGUAGUGAAAACAACACUGCAUAAGUGAGCAACUUUUCUGGUUGCAUGCGUAAGUGCUUGUAUGAAUUUAAAAUAAGAAAUAACCCAGCUUGGUCUUUUGGUUCCACUCAACUCAUCCUCUGGUGGAUUUAAUUAAAACAUUAAUCUCAGGAAAGAUUACUCCACAUUUUACAAAGGUUGGUUGAGGGGGAACACCUAGGUUUUGUCGCAAUUUAAAUGUAUUUCCCCUCGUCGAAAAUAGCUCACUUGCUUUGACUCAAGUCACAUUCCAUUCUUAAUCCAUAGAUUUUAGUACACUUUUUAGCUAUAACAGCAUCAACUCUUCUGGUAAAGCUUCCCAUAAGGUUUAGAAGUGUGUUUAUUGGAAUUUUUUUUUAUCAUUACCCCAGAGGUGCAUAUGUGAGGUGAAAACAUUGAUAUUGGACAAGAAGUCCUCGCUCUCAGUCUCUGCUUUAAUUCAUCUCAUUCAAGGUGUUCUAUCGGGUUGAUGUCAUGACACUGUGCAGCCUCGUCAAGUUCAUCGACACCAAACUCGCUCAUCUAUGUCUUUAUAGACCUUGCUUUAUGCACUGGUGACAGUCAUGCUAGAACAGUCACAAGUCAAGAACACAGAAACACUCUUAAAGGCAAUGUAGGUGUAUAGGCACAGCCAAGUAACAAUAAAUAAAACAAUCAUGGGAA